AUGGCCAACAUUUUAGAAAAAAUUGCAAAAUUCGCAAUACCGAUAGGCGCGGCGGCUAGUGCUAUUCAAUACAGCAUUUAUGAUGUUCAGGGAGGAUUUCGCGCGGUAAUAUUUGAUCGAAUCAAGGGAGUAAAAGAUAAAUCAGUUGGUGAAGGGACACAUUUUCUAGUUCCUUGGUUACAAAAAGCUGUUCUCUAUGAUGUACGCAUCAAGCCACGAAAUAUCUCGACCACGACUGGAUCAAAAGAUAUGCAAAUGGUCAGUCUUACUCUGCGCGUGCUUCAUCGACCAGACAUCCGACACUUACCAGAGAUAUAUCAAACAUUGGGGAUGGAUUAUGAUGAAAGAGUCUUGCCGUCAAUUGGGAAUGAAGUGCUGAAGUCGGUGGUGGCUCAGUUUGACGCUAGUGAAUUGAUCACGCAACGUGAAGUGGUUUCUUCAAAAAUAAGAGAAGAUCUUGUAAAAAGAGCCAGCGAAUUUAAGAUCGAUUUAGAAGAUGUGUCAAUCACCCACAUGACAUUUGGUAAAGAAUUCACCAAUGCAGUAGAACAGAAACAAAUUGCUCAGCAAGAAGCCGAAAGAGCAAAAUUCAUUGUAGAAAGGAAACAAGCUGCUGUUAUUCGAGCAGAAGGUGAGGCAGAAGCUGCAGGGAAAAUUGUGGAAGCAUUAGAAAAAGGUGGAGAAGGGCUCGUGCAGCUGCGUCGAAUAGAAGCAUCAAAGUAUAUUGCUACAACUUUAUCAAAUUCUAGAAAUACCAUGUAUUUGCCUUCUAGUAAAUCCGGAACUAAUUUGUUGUUGAAUUUGGGCGUCUGA